AUGGGAGCGCAGUCCAAGAUGGCCCCGCAUCGGUCAACGGCGCAUGACAACAUGAAGAAGACACAACAGGUCUCUGGCACAAAGAAAACCGAUUUGGUAGUUCUUCCAUCGAAGCCUGCAGGAAAGCGGGAAGGCUUUGCCACGCACUUGCAUGCGUCAACUCUAGGCGGACCGGAACCGUAUAAAAGAGCCCCUUUCGUACCAGUCGAAAAGACGGGUGCAGACACCUAUGUUUCAGGGGCCGAGAGCGAGAUAUCAAGAUCAUCGUCUCCUGUUACUGAUAUGGCAGCAUCGUUACCCUCAUCCACCAGCAGCUUGGCUGCAUCGUUGCUCUUGCAAGAUAGAGGCGCGGAUGGAACAAAGGAUGACUCCUCGAGACAGAGCGACGCCGACUCUUCGGGGAGAGAAUCUGAUAGUGGAUUGUCGACUAGAUCUGGAACCGCACUCAGUGAAGUAGACAGGCAGAGAAGCGGAGACAUGACACCAGGUCCGAACCUAUCACGAUUCAGCCAAGUGCCCCAAUUACUGCACUCAGGACGGCCUACUACGCUUGCCGGUCCCGAGAACGACAUUGGCAGCGGCAUCGACAAUGAAUACAGCAGCCCCAGUACCAGCGAGAACAGCGACAGUGACCGGGACACGGAUGAUGACAGUUUUGACGCUGACAUUUUGGCCGCUGUGGGCGGGAAUAUCGACCUGGCCGUGACUUUGAUCCCAUAUCUCCACAGACUGAGAGCAAAGUCUGUACAAGAAAAGAUUGACAAUUGGCAGAUCGAAGUGGCGGAUCCCGUCGACGGUGACGAUGGCACCAAUGGCAGUAUCGACUCUCCCGAGUCACUCCGCGCACACCGCGGAAGCUUACGGUCCUCACGGGCUGCAAGAAAGAGACGCCAUCAGUCUGAUUCUGACAACGACCAGGACGAAUAUGAUGAUGACGAGCGCGGGAAUGAUAGUCCCGAUUUUCUGGGACUGCCCCAAGGAAUAAAGGACCUGUAUUUAGCUUGCCAUUUCCACAAGUUUGAUCCCAUAAAGUACGGGAUUCGACACUUUUCUCCGGCAUCGUCUCGGAAGGACGAGUAUCGAACGUGUGCUGGCCCAGGUUUCAAGACCAUCCAACGACUGAAGGAGCAUCUAAAGCGGAGGCACAAACCAGUCCAGUGCGACCGCUGUUAUCAUAUCUUCACCGGAUCGAACAGUGUCCCCUGGCUUCAGCAGCAGCUGACUGAACACCGGCAACGUGAGGAGGUCUGCCAGAGGGGCGACCCAUCGUUGAAAGAGGGCAUCAGCGAGGCCCAAUGGACUGCUUUGGAACGCAAAAACCACAAGAAGAGUCAAGAAAAGCACAAGUUAGAACGUUGGUAUGAUAUUUGGCGAGUUCUUUUCCCCGAGGCUGACGAGCCAACAACACCAUGUGAGUUUUCAAGAGUGGGAGAUCAUUUGGGGAGAGAUCCCAGCGGCUACAAUCGAAUGAGCGAACGUGCUAACAGCAAAAUUGAAAGUCUACGACGCAGCGGUACCAAGGAGCAGCUUGGAACAGUCGAAUGGGAGGCAAAAAUUCGUUGA